AUGGCGAUGGUAGACGUAGAGUACAGAUGCUUCGUUGGAGGGCUCGCAUGGGCUACCGAUGAGCAAUCCCUGCAUUUGGCGUUCAGUCCUUACGGGGAGAUUAUCGAAUCGAAGAUCAUUAACGAUUGGGACACUGGGAGGUUGAGGGGAUUUGGAUUUGUGACCUUCGGCAACGAGAAGGCAAUGAUAGACGCCAUUGAAGCAAUGAACGGCCAAGAUCUUGUUGGCCGUAGAAUUAUUGUUAACGAGGCUCAGACCCGAGGCAGAGGUGGCGACAACAAUUGUCGCGAGGGUAGUUAUAACCUUGGUGUUGGUUAUGGUGACAGCGGAUACGGUGGCGAACGUGAUUGCGGUUAUGGUGAUGGUGGAUCCCGCUAUUCUAGAAGUGAUGGUGAUAGAAGUCUGUAUAGUUUGUCUCGGGAUGGUGAUAGAAGUCUUUGGAUACUUGACUCGGGAGCCACCGAUCACAUGACAUUCGAUGAAAAUGAUUUUUCCAAAAUAUCUCAACCCCGGCGCACUUGCGUUUCUAAUGCCAAUGGGGUCCUUCCCCAAUUUCUACAAUAUCUGGUUUCCGCUGGCUUGUGA